ACAACAUUUCAUAAAUUAUGACAACAAGAUUGCUGAAACACUACAAUUAUAUGAAGCGGCUAAAGAUCUUACGGGGAAUAAGGAUUUUACCAUUCCAGCGAGCUUAGAUAUUGGUAGAAACUUGAUGCUGGAAGAAGUUGGAAGAUGGAGAAAUAAGAGG